UCUCAUCUUCCUCUCCUUUCCCUCGUCUUCAUCACUUUCCCAAAAUCCCAUCACUCUCUCUCUCUCUCUCUUUUGGUCCCUCAAAUCAAAAUCAUAAACACUGUGUGAAAUCCCGAUUUCAAUACUUCUUAUAAAAUAAAAAAAGCACACACAUGUACAUAUAUGCUCCCUGAUUGUUUUGUGUACGUGUGUGUCUGUGUGUGUGUGAACCGUAUAGCUCUUUGUUGCCUUUGAUCGGGACUUUUUUGCUGCAUCUUAGUCUUCACACUGAGAUCGAGUUUUGAUUUUUCGUUUAUUCUUAAACUCGGGAGUUCGAUCGGAAUUUGAAUGCGUGGAUCUGAUUAAGACUUUGAGGAGAACGAAAUAGCUUCAAUCAUUUGAGACAUACGUUGGUCUCUCGGAUGAAAACCAUCAAUAAUUCUUGUACAAAUCAAGUGACCUCCAGAUUGAGUGCUACUGAUAAAUGAAGUUUGCUUCUCAGUAAUUUGGUCUCCAGGAUUUCCUUUCUUCUAUCUACUCUUCCUUUUAUGGGAUAAAUAGGGGAUAAUAUAAGUAUAGUCAUCAAGGUAAUUGGCAAUGGGAGAGACGGGAGAUGAUGCUGGGCCAUCAGAGCAAGAACCUUCCAAUCAAACCUGGUGGCCUUCAGAAUUUGUGGAGAGAUUUGGUUCUAUUUAUCUAGGAUCACAAGAAGAGACCUCUAGUUCUAAGGACUCACCCAAAAGUCUUGGGCAAGAUGGGCUGCCAUCUAGUACUGCAUCGAAUAUCCUCUGGAGUACUGGUUCGCUUUCUGAGCCGAUCCCAAAUGGCUUCUACUCUGUGAUCCCGGAUAAUAGAUUGAAGCAGCUAUUUAAUAGCAUUCCUACAUUGGAAGAUCUACAUGCUCUGGGUGACGAAGGUUUAAAGGCCGAUGUGAUUCUUGUUGAUUUUCAGAAAGAUAAAAAGCUUUUCAGGCAAAAACAGCUGAUUACCAAACUUGUCAGUGGAUUGAACUCAAAGCCAGCUACUAUUAUUAAGAAAAUUGCUGGACUGGUAGCAGAUGUUUAUAAGCAAUCCAUUCUGCAGAGUCCGGCAAAAACUACACAAUCAUUUGAAAACUGUGGUAUUCAAUUGUUAGGACAGAUCAAACAUGGUUCUUGUCGUCCUCGAGCAAUCUUAUUUAAAGUUUUAGCUGAUACUGUUGGUCUUCAAAGUAGGCUUGUAGUGGGGUUGCCAAGUGAUGGAGCCGCUGAGAGUGUGGACUCAUUCAGCCAUAUUUCUGUCACGGUUCUGCUGAAUUCUGUGGAAAUGCUGGUUGAUCUAAUGCGAUUUCCUGGUCAGCUUAUCCCUCUAUCAACCAAGGCAAUUUUUAUGAGUCAUAUUUCAGCGGCAGGGGAAAGUGAUUCUGCAGAGAAUGACUCUUGUGAUUCACCUUUGGAGCCAAACAGUCCCAUGUUUGGUUAUCCAGAGAGAAUUGACCAUGAAAAUGCAGAAAAAGAUGAAAACCUUUUGUUGCACAGGAAACUAGACGGGUCUCCAAAUAUGUCUGGUCCACCGUCAAGGAACAUGCUGUUACGUUCUGCCUCUGCGCUAGAGAGGAAAUUAAGUUUCUCACAGAGCGAGUCAAACAUGGCUAACGAGUUUUGGAGGCAGAGCCGGAGAAAGGUCAUUGCUGAUCAGCGGACUGCUAAUUCCAGUCCCGAACAUCUCUCCUUCCGAGCCCGUACAAGGUCCAUGCUAAGUGGCGACAAGAACUUGGCACGAGAUUUCACCGGUGAUGUUGCCACAUCAAGCAAAUCUGUUGGAGGAGCGAAAUUGGAAACGAAGAGAAUAAGGAGGAGAAGUAUUAGUAUAACUCCCGAGAUUGGCGAUGAUAUUGUCAGGGCAGUAAGAGCGAUGAAUGAAGCCUUGAAGCAGAAUCGCCUCGCAAAAGAGCAAGGGGAUGAUGGCUCAUCUCCUAACUCUCCAAAUGACAGAACCGAGAGCUCUCAUCUCCAGAAAGAUGUCUCUGGUUUUCAUCUUGAUGCCCAUGACCAAGUUUCUGGUGGAAGGUCUACACUUUUAAGGGAACCACUCGAUCCACAGAAGGCAAUCUCCCUACCAUCUUCUCCCCAGAACUACCGAAGCCAAUAUGACCAAAGUGGAUCGUCAAAUCGUAAUAUAAGCCACAUCUGGGAUAAAGUAUUGGGAUCUCCGAUGUUCCAGAAUAAGCCAUUAUUACCAUAUGAAGAAUGGAACAUAGACUUUUCCGAGUUGACUGUUGGGACACGUGUUGGAAUUGGUUUUUUUGGAGAAGUCUUCCGUGGGAUCUGGAACGGGACAGAUGUUGCGAUCAAAGUGUUCCUUGAGCAAGACCUUACAGCUGAGAACAUGGAGGAUUUCUGCAAUGAGAUAUCAAUUCUUAGCCGACUUAGACAUCCCAAUGUUAUACUGUUCCUUGGAGCAUGCACAAAACCUCCACGAUUAUCACUGAUCACUGAGUACAUGGAAAUGGGAUCUUUGUAUUAUUUGCUCCACUUGAGUGGACAAAAAAAGAGGCUAAGCUGGCGGAGGAAGCUAAAGAUGCUGCGUGACAUUUGCAGGGGAUUGAUGUGCAUACACCGGAUGGGGAUAGUACACCGUGAUAUAAAGAGUGCAAACUGUCUUUUGAGCAACAAAUGGACUGUCAAGAUCUGUGAUUUUGGGCUCUCGAGGAUAAUGACAGGGACAACAAUGAGAGACACAGUCUCUGCAGGAACUCCAGAGUGGAUGGCUCCUGAACUUAUCCGCAAUGAGCCCUUCUCAGAAAAGUGCGAUAUCUUCAGCUUGGGUGUAAUAAUGUGGGAACUCUGCACUUUAACCAGACCUUGGGAAGGAGUACCGCCAGAACGGGUUGUUUAUGCCAUUGCUUAUGAGGGAGCUCGGCUUGAGAUUCCUGAAGGACCACUGGGAAAGCUUAUUGCAGAUUGUUGGACAGAACCGGAACAAAGACCGAGUUGCAAUGAGAUACUCUCUCGUUUGUUGGAUUGCGAGUAUACGAGCUAACUUCUCUCAAUCUUCUUCCUUCUGUGAAUAUUAACAUUGCAGCAAGAGAGUUUUUUUUUCUUCUUCUUUUUUGUUUAAAUGAAUAUUGUUGGCUUUUCUUCUCUGAGUUUGUACAAAAGAACUUUGGCGAUUUCACAUCCACAAAAAAGCUUUGUGGAACUCUUUUCCGUUUGAUCA